GCUUAAUUACUGCAGAAGACAGACGAGUUGGUACCACAAACCUGCACUUGGAUGUGUCUGAUGCUGUUAAUGUCAUGGUGUAUGUGGGGAUUCCCAUUGGGGAAGGGACCCACGAUGAUGAGGUUCUGAAGACAAUUGAUGAGGGAGAUGCUGAUGAUGUAACAAAACAGCGAAUUCAUGAAGGAAGGGAGAAACCUGGAGCGUUGUGGCACAUCUAUGCUGCCAAGGAUGCUGAAAAGAUAAGGGAACUUCUCCGGAAGGUUGGAGAAGAACAAGGCCAAGAAAAUCCCCCAGAUCAUGACCCCAUUCAUGACCAAAGUUGGUACUUGGACCAGACCUUACGUAAGCGACUUUAUGAUGAGUAUGGUGUACAAGGCUGGGCAAUAGUGCAGUUCCUUGGAGAUGCUGUGUUCAUUCCUGCAGGUGCUCCCCAUCAGGUCCAUAAUUUGUACAGCUGCAUUAAAGUGGCAGAAGAUUUUGUGUCUCCAGAACAUGUGAAGCACUGCUUCCGUCUGACCCAGGAGUUCAGGCACCUGUCUAAUACUCAUACAAACCAUGAGGAUAAACUGCAGGUGAAGAACAUUAUCUACCAUGCAGUGAAAGAUGCUGUCGGCACACUGAAAGCUCAUGAAUCCAAACUAGCUAGAUCAUAGGAAUUGCUAAUUCCAAAUGCCCUGUGAAGUAAGCUUUUUGCUCACAGUAUAUACAGGGACUGCACAUGACUGCCUCUGCAGGAGCAGAGGCUUCUCACUAAGAGCUGGUGUGGUCAGUAUUACACACACUCUUCAGCCACUGUUUUCUGCGCUGCCUCAACACUGAAAGUCUAAUGGAAGGUCGCACUGUUACAUGCAGAAUUCCAGAUUCUAAUGAAAGGUGCCAUGUCCCUUUCCUGUGGCCUUUUGC